AUGCAGUACGACCAGUUCAUGAACUCAAAGGUGUUCUUCUUCUCGGAGCGGCGCCGCUUCUUUCCGGGCAGGUUGACGGCAGAGGCCGACUGGCCCGUGAUGGUGCACUUCAACUACCACCCCGACAAGCACAAGCGGAUGCUCUGCGUUUGGGAGAGGUACGUCGGCGGAAAGCCAGACGCUUGCGACAGCCUGCCUCAGGCCGGGGCGUUGUGGGCCACGUUCCUCUUCAAUAGCAUCUUCACGGUUGCGCAGCUCUUUGGGUCGAUAUUGUCAGGAUCGCAAGCUUUGUUCUCUGACACGAGCACGAUGUUUGUUGAUUCGGCCACGUACCUGAUCAACAUACUCGCCGAGUAUCUCCGGAUCGGUGGGGCGAAGCGUCGCACUUCGGCGGCCGUCGACAUCUCGGCCGCAGGCAUCUCGUUUGUCGCUCUCGUCGCCGUCGCAAUUCUGAACAUCCUCGAGUCGGUCAAGGGGAUCGAGGAGGGAGGGGGCGACACCAGCGACUCGCCGAAUCAGUAUAUCAUGUUCGGUUUCACCGCGGGAAACCUGGUCAUCGAUAUUGGUAUGCUCGGCUCCAUCCUGCUGCGCAAGCGCGGUGGCUGGCAGGGCCUCCUCACGCGCAAGGCGCGUGCUUUGCGUGCACGUGUGAGCUCCGCGAACGCAGAGCUUGUUGCGAGCAGCACGGCCGGUGCGGAGCAGGAGCAGGAGGCGGCGAUCACUUCUACGGCCGACCUCAACGUUUUCUCCGCCCUUGCCCAUGUGAUUGCCGAUACGAUGCGCACCGUCACCGAAAUGGCCUGCUCCAUCCUGAUCUGGGUCUACGACAAUGACAAGAGCUUUGACGGCGACAAGGCGGACAACAUCACCGCGUUGGUGGUGUGCGCGAUCAUCUUCGCCAUUGCGCUGUACGUCUUGUAUGAGACUGUCGUCCAGAUCAAGGAGGAGAUAAGGAAGCGGCGCACAGAGGAUGAGGUGGCCGCAAACAAUCCGAACUCUGUCACCCCACUCUCGGCUCAGACAGAGUCUGUCAGUGAGCACACGGGGCCUCCACAAGCAUGA